UUGACUUACAACAUAGUUUUUUUGGCUGGAAUGUGAAUAUCAUUAAAUAUGAAAAGUUUAGGUUAGACAUUAUAGCCUAUCUAAUCUAAGUGUUUGGUGGCAAAAUGGAAGAAGAUAAAAACAAGGAGAACAUAGUUUAUACAAACACAAAAUAUCCCUAUUUUCUUUCUGAUGAAUGUGCAUACACAUUGGGAUUAUUUUAAAUUUACACUAAAGUGAAAAUUUAAUAUAUUUUUUUAAAAAGUAAUAAUUUGAUUAUAAUUAUGAUUAAAUCAACAAUUUUUUUUAUGAACUGAGGCCUUCUAUUUAAAUGUAUAAACCAAAACCAACGAUUUUGCAAUGGACAAUUCGAAGAUAAUUUCACUAAUUAGUUGCACUAAAUCAACUUUUAGUAAUUUUAUUUUCAUUAAUCUAUAUAAAUGAUGAUAAACUAUAUUGUAUGGAUUCAGACUUUAAUUACAAACAUUAACGAAUCAUUAAUUAGAUUAUUAGACUAAGAAAUUUUUCAUAAUCAAAACAUUAUCUUAAGGAGCUCCUUGGUGGGUUAAGUGGUAACUGGUAAGUAAUAGAUAGAUUAUGAAAAUAGUUAUAGAAAUAGUGACUACUAAGUAAUAUAUAAUUAAUACUGGACCCUCGUAGUCAACGUCUUCUUCGAAGUUCGAAAUAUUACAGUUCAAACAGAACAAACAAAAGCUAUUAUUACAGUAACGUCUUAAGGGGUAUUUACGUCAAAUAAGAUUCCCUGAUUACAUAAUUACACCCAAGUAAAUAACGGAUUCAGACGAAACAAGAGAGAUAAAGAAACCAAAAGAGAAACAUCUCUCAAAUGGCCACCAUUAGAGUACCAGACGAAGUUCCUUCCGCAGCUCAAGAUUCCGAAACUCUCAACCAAGCUUUCCGCGGAUGGGGAACAGACGAGAAGGCGAUCAUACGCGUCUUAGGAAAACGAAACGAGAGUCAGAGAAAAAGAAUCAGAGAGACUUACAGAGAGAUUUACGGCAAAGAUCUUAUUGAUGUUCUCACCUCUGAGCUGUCUGGUGAUUUCAUGAAAGCUGUGGUUUUAUGGACUUAUGUUCCAGCAGAGAGAGACGCAAGGCUUGCUAACAACGUCUUGAAUGGGAAGAAGAAAAGCAUAGAGAAACUUAAGAUCAUCGUAGAGAUCUCUUGCACAACUUCUCCUAACCAUUUGAUUGCUGUGAGGAAAGCUUACUGUUCUCUCUUCGACUUAUCUCUUGAAGAACACAUUGCUUCCUCUGUCCCUUUCCCUCUUGCAAAGGUACUGGUGACUUUGGCAACUUCUUUUAGAUAUGACAAAGAUAUGGCUGAUACAGAAGUAGCUACUAUUGAGGCCGGUAUGCUGCGUGAAGCGAUCACAGCGAAGCAACUAGAUCAUGAUCAUGUCCUAUACAUAUUAGGAACUCGCAGUAUCUACCAGCUCAGAGAAACCUUUGUUGCUUACAAGCAGAGUUAUGGGAACACGUUAGAUAAGGAUGUUGAUGGAUGUCCGGGAGAUGCUGAUCUGAAAAGUCUAUUACAGAUGGUGAUCCUGUGCAUUGAGUUCCCUGAGAAACACUUUGCAAAGGUUGUAAGAGACUCCAUUGAAGGGUUUGGAACAGAUGAAGAUUCGUUGACGAGAGGGAUUGUGACGCGUGCAGAGAUUGAUCUGAUGAAAGCAAGAGGAGAGUACUUCAACAUGUACAAUACAAGCAUGGAUAACGCUAUUAUUGGUGAUGUUUCCGGUGACUACAAGGACUUCCUCCUCACUUUGCUUGGUUCCAACAUCUGAUCUUUGUUUUUCUUUUAAUAUUCUUGGCUUGUGAUUUGUGUGACUUGUAAGAAAAACUUCUUUUCUCUCUCCGGUUUGAACAAAUGUUAUAAAAAUAAUCAAACUACUCUUGUUUCUUGAUUUUUAAUGAUAUGUUGUAUAUA